CACCAUCUCAACCAAGCAUUUAGAGUAUCCUAUCAUAGUAACUUCUAUCUCGCCUUAAAUUACUACAAAGCAUCAUCCUCAUAACCGAUCACUAUCGACACCAACUCUGAGGUAGUGAAAUCCCACAACAAAGAGGAAAAAUGAUAAACUCGCCCCGGGUUCCUCGACUACGGAGGAGUGGUGGGCACGAAUAUGCUCCGUCCCCACUAAGACCAUCACCGAUGGGUACAAAGAUCCCCCUCAACGACGAUGUCGCGGAAAAGGCCAAACGGUUCAAAAAGCGCUCCCUCCUCCGCGGCCUUCAAGCAAAUGAGAUCGUCGCGGCAGCCUCUCCAGCGAGGCGGCAAACAAUAGGUUCCGCAGAUGAUCCAACUACUCCUCGAAACCUUGCUGCUCUGAGAGGUGGAGUCGCUGGUGAGGGUCCGAUAGAUGCGGUUACGCCUAUGCGCAAGGUUCCUAUAUUGGCAAACUUUGAGGAAUGGAUGAAAUUGGCCACGGAUAAUAAAAUCAACGCCACCAAUUCAUGGAAUUUUGCUUUGAUUGACUAUUUUCACGACAUGUCGCUGCUCAAGGAGGGAGAAGGCAUUAAUUUUCAGAAAGCAAGCUGCACUUUGGAUGGCUGUGUCAAGAUCUACACAAAUAGAGUUGAUUCAGUCGCAACAGAGACUGGCAAAUUAUUGAGUGGCUUAGCGGAUAGUAACUCCAAGAGAAAAGAUCGGGAUGGCGAAGAAGGGGAAGGAAGCGGUGAUGAAGUUGGCGAAGAUGGGGAGGAUGGCGAAGGGUCAAAGAGGAGGAAACGCAAGACCCAAAGAUCUUCGGAGGCUACUCUAGCUAAAGAUUUCGCCUCACUACAAAUCAAGAAACACGAUCUUGAGCUGAAUGUUGACCCUCUAUUCAAGAAGGCCACUGCAGACUUCGACGAAGGGGGUGCGAAAGGCCUACUUCUAAACAACCUUUCAAUCGACUCCUCGGGAAGGAUUGUCUUUGAUAGCAGUGAUGACAGUGGCCAUGUAGAUCCUAUAGACAAAGAAGACGAUGGCAUCAAGAAGGAGGACGAGGAGGACGAGGAGCCCAAAGAACCGGAGCCGGUAGAAGACAAGGUCGAAAUCGACUUUGAUGCCCUCCGCAAUAAGUUCUUCCCCAAUCUCAAUGUUUUGGAUCAACAAGAUAUCUGCCCCUCUCUCAAAAAUUUUGAUCUAGGCGACCCCGCAGGUUCGCUGGAUAUUCCAUUCUUGAAGGCAUUAGAAGAACGCGGCGGUGAUGGCGACAUUCUUGCCAGUGACAUCGAAGGACCAGAUGGGCAAAUAGGCGAUGGAGACUUGACAGAGAGGCCAGAUAUGGCUUUUGGCUUUGACGCUGGCUUUGGUAUCGGUGAUGAUGAUGGUGGGGAUAUGGGCUUCGGGGAGGGAGGUGAAAUAUGGGCCAAUGAGACGAUCGUGGAUGCCGCACAACGGUUCAUGAGCCCCGCCAAACGGCCUUUAUUAGGCCUCGGAGGCGAAGGCGAUGAGGACGAGGAUACAAAGGAGUUUACAGUGGGUUUCGGGGGAGGCGGCGAUGAUAUCCUGAGCUACUUCGAUGAAACUCUAAAAAAGAACUGGGCUGGGCCCGAGCACUGGAGAAUCCGGAAACUGAAAGAUAACUCCAAACCCGUUAAUGCACCCGUCCGUCAGAGAAAGGAGAAAGAAACAUUCCUGAUAGAUUUCAUGAACCCUGAAGCCGAAAUAACAGACGACGUAGUCCGCCCAAAGAAGGGAACCGCAAGCAUAAACAUGCCCAAGAAGGACUGGAGAAGCAAGUCUCGAAACCUCCUCCCGGACGACAAGCACUUCAACUCUACACAGCUCAAAAAGCUCUUCCUAAAGCCCAAAGCGGUGCUAUACGCCGCCAAGAACAGUAAAACCACUGGCAGCGGCAAACCAGUCGAAGACCGUCCAGAAGACAUGGACGAAGAAUUCUGGGCAAGAGAAGAUAUGGCUAAGAAUAUCCAAGCUUCUUCAAUCUCCGGCAACUACGAUGCCAACUUCUUCAGCGACGAAGGUCUCGGCAUCCCUGGGCCGGUAGACGAUGACGACGACGACUUUGCCGAUGCCCGGGAAGUCUUCUCGCCGCCGCCACCAGACGCUCUCCCCCCGGGCGCCCAAAACCCCAUAGUUCCCGACCCCUCCCCACUCAACGCUCUACUCGCCGGUGGCGGUGGCGCAACCCAAGGUGUGGAAUUCGGCAACCAGCUCGUAACCUCCAGCCGACGCGUCCGCCCAGAAUACGUACAAUAUGCAAAAAUUGCGAAAAAAGUAGACGUACGCAAGUUGAAGGAGAAACUAUGGGACGGACUAUCGUUUAGCAACACAAAAAAGGAGGAGCAGCAAAAUGCAGGAGGAGAGAAUGCAGUAAAGGAUGAAGAAAUGGAAGACGUCAAGGUCGAAGAACGCAAGUUCACGCAGGUCAUGAACGGACUGCAAGAGGUUUACCCGCAGAAAGCCAUGGCGGAUAUCUCCACCUCUUAUUGCUUCAUUUGUUUGCUGCACUUGGCGAACGAGAAAGGGCUCGUGAUAGAAGGGAAUGAAGCAUUGUCCGAGUUGAGUAUUCGGAGGGAUAUGACGGCUGAGGGGAUGGAUGAGUAUUAGAUGCUGCUGUUGGUGGUGGUGGUGGCGGCGAGGUUUACUUGUGUAUAAAGAAGCGGGUGGUGUGGCACAUUUAUUUGUGUGAGUAAGGAUGGGAUCUGUGAAUGAACAGACGAUAGGUGGUGAACUGCUUUUUUUCUUAUUUCCAUGAUUAAUAUUUUACUCGGUUUGGGCAUUAAGCUUCACACAUGCUCGACCUCCUGGCGCCCGGGGUGAAUUCACACGCAAUUGUUUCUUU